GGAACAGUGGUUAAUUGGUUAGGAAAGAAGAACCAUUUCGACUGGGCGUGAAAAAUGUCAAAAUUUGUUGACAAACACAUUUACAUAGAAAAUUCGUAAAUUCCUCAAAAGUGAAUUAAAUUUUUUUGAAUGAAAAGUGGUUCAUUGUUGAUAUUAAAAUUGAAAUAAUUUUAUUUCUUUAAUAGGUUUUCUUGGUGGAAAAUGGAUCAGCUUUCUGCAGAAAAACGGUUAUGUUGUGCAUAUAUUCUGGCUAUAGCUGCAGGAGCUACUUCAAGUAUAUCAACUGGAAUAGUAUGGAGUCAUUGGUAUAGAACUUUAGAUCAAUGUGUGGAUAGAAACUGUAGUUGUAUAAUAUAUGGAACGCAUACUGCUACCCAUUUCUUAGGUGGUAGUCAAGGAGCAUGUAUCUGGACAACUUUUGCACCUCUUAUUUAUGUAUUUUUUGGAAUUGGUUUCAUCUGUUUUCAUGGAUAUAGAGUAUUGUUUACUACAAAAUCACCUAGUGGCAGGGCUACUAGAACAAUGUUGGCAAAAUUAGACACUGGAGAAUCUGUACAAAUAGAAGCAAUAUCGCAAGAAACUACUGGCCACCUUCCAACCAGCUACUGGGUAACUGCAGCAGUAUUCACAUGCAUCUUCACUGUGUACUCAUUAGUUCACUUUGCAAUCUACAUGGAUGGCUUCCUCCACACUUGCAACCAGUACCGAUCAACACUUGAGGUUCUGCUUAGCGUUCAUGGUACAGCUCUGCCCGUUAUAUACCAAAGACUGCAGUGUCAAGGAGUUUUUGAUUUCAUGGACUACAUGCAAACAGAUAGCGGGAACGCCUAUAGAGAUGGAAUUAUUAACACUGGAUUGUCGCUCAUAUUUGGCGUUUCAUCAGCGUGUAUAGCAUGGAUUUCUUUCUUAGCAGCGAGCUUUGUUAAUAUCAAAGUAGCAAGAAGAAAUGAUGAGGAGUAAUUUUUUGUACCUAUUAAAUACAUUUUUAGAAACUUUCUUAUCAGUGAUGGCUUGUAAAGUAGCAACUUUGACACUAUCAGUGGCGGAUCCACAGGAGGAUAGGGGAAAUUCACCUCCUAACAAGGUCCAAAAUUACAGAAAAAAAUUGUUGAAACAUUAAAAUAUAUUAGCUGGCAUGAAACAUAAACCAUAGACAGACAACUUCAACCCAAUAAACAUGCUAGUUAGGAAAAUUAAGGAGGAAAAUUAAGGGGGUGGGAGGUAUGGUUUGAAAUAUUUAAUUUUUUUUAUUAUUUCAAAUGAAAGUGCUGGGUUGGCAGGUUUAAACCAGCAUGCUUAAAACCUUGGUUUAAACCAACUGUUUUUUAAAGAAAAAAUCCUGGUUUUUUUAUUGGACCUCCAACUGUUGUUUUUAUUUAACAACUGUAUGUAAGUUUUUAAUACAACUGCCGCAAAUAGAGAACAUUAAGAUAAAUAAAUGUGGCGACACGUUUCAAUUAUUAUUUUACUGAGACUAAGUUUUCACUCUAAUGGCAUAUAGCAUAUCCCACCAGAAUGAAAACAAUGGGAACCUUCUCUGGUUACACCUCCGAGGCUUCUACAAUUUGCAAGCCAUACGGAUGCUGAGACUAAGGAAGAUGAGGGAAUUCUACAAUUUACAAUUCACGUCCCAUCUGCUCAGCGCGGUAAAGUUCCAACGAGACCGGUUCCCUUCAUACUCCACACAGAGUAAAUGUAAAUCAAAAAUGAAUAACCAUUUUAUUAUUUUACUAUUUUUUGUAAUGGCUAAUUUUAAAUAUUAACUUUCUUUUCUAAACGAAAAUAAUAUGGGUCAUUUAAAAUUCACAUGUGUUUCGCUCCUAAAUACAAAACCAGAAUGUAUAAAAUUAAUGGCUUUUUCAUGGGAACACAAAUUCAUAGAUUACGGUACCAGAUAAAGGGCCAGCCUAUUUAUGUUAACUUCUUAAAAAUCACAAAAAUGUUUUCAGCUUUUAAAACGCCAGAUCUAAUAAAUUAUUGUCGCCUAGAACACCAGACAGAUUAAGUGUUUGUGGUCUCGUUCAGUAUAGUCACAGCGGGCACCCGGGGUAGUCACACCACCACACUCGCAAAGAAUAACAAACCCUCUUUCGAGAAAUAUUCACGCUAUUUUACCGACACAAAUAAAUAUAUUAUUGACAGUUUGUUGUGUUUACAUUUAUUUUAAUUUCAUUUAAUUGAUUUCGUAAACCAACACGGAACAUAAAUUAUAUUUUUUUACUUUCGAACUUAGUUAUUUUGAAUAUUAUUACGUUUGAAUAUGUUUUUUUGUUGUAAUAAUUUUUGGUGUGGCUAAUAAAAAUAAAAGUUGACUUAAUAAUUUUUUCCAUUGUUUAUUACUAUUAUUUUACAAAAUAAUUUAUUAAUUUUUAAAGUAUUUACACUUAUUAUAUUAAACCUGGUUUAAACCAAAAAAUCCUGAUUUAAACCAAAAAACCUGGUUUAAACCAAGAAAACCUGAUUUAAACCAAAAAACCUGUUUUUUAAACCUUGGUUUUGCCAACCCUGUAAAAGUGCAUAUUUUCAAGAAUACUCUCUGAAAAUUUACCACAGAACAGAGUAAAUUUACCACAGAUACAGCGUGUUGAAUAUCCCUACCUUCAACUCACAUUGUCGCGACUUCGCGCCAGCACGCUUGGGCGUAGUAAGAAAUGUUAAACUACUGUUCGCCGUCUCUUUUGUAGAUUACUCCGCGAUUCAAAAAACAUAUUCCAAUGUGCAUCACUUUACGAUUUGGCAGACAAAUAAGAAGAUGAAGAUGCAGUUGUCAAAACUUUAAACGCAUUUUUCAAAACUGCUUUUUCAAAUGCGGUGGACAUUGCAACUGAAAAAUUACUUGACCGAUCCACCUGAAAUUUUGCAUAGCUUUUUUUUUAGAUAUUUUGUUAGGUAACACCUUCAAGAUGUUUUUAGUUUUGUGCUUAUUUUUUGUCCAACAAUAAAAAAUCUGUUGAUUUUCAUAAAAUUUAUACCAAAUAUUUCGUAUUUUUGACUUCGUCGUGAUUCCAAAAUCAUUAAAAAUAAAAAAAAACUCAACGUUGUUACCUCGUGAAACUCAUAAGCUAAUUAAAUCUUUUUGAAUUUUUUGUUUCGUAUGAUCCAGUGACGAGUUCUGAUGUCCACCGCAAAUAUUUUUCUUAGCUUUUUUUUGUGUGGAUUUGAUGGCCUUGGCUGAGCCAAUUAGCCAGACAUUUUAUUUUAAAAACAAACAAUUUUUUUUCAGAGGAAUUUUUUUCUUUAUUUCUAACUCUAAAUAUACAGUGAGCACGUAAAGGUUGGAAUAAAUUCAUUUUCUCGAGAAUGGACGAUUUUGGAAAAAAAUCCCAGAACAGGUCAAUUUUUAUUUUUAAAUUACAACUUUUUGGCAUAUAUAUCAUACUAGUGAUGUCACCCAUCUGGGCGUGAUGACGUCAUCGAUGAUUUUUUUAAAUGGUAAUAGGGGUUGUGUGAUAGCUCAUUGGAAAGGUAAUUCAAUUCUCUAUUCAGUAAUAUAAAGAUUAACAUAAAUCUUUAUACAGGGUGCCCAAAAAAUUUUUUUUUAAAUUACAUUUAUUGACAUAAAAAAGAAGAAUGAAUGUAAUUUAUUUAAUUCAAAAUACAUUUUACUGCUCUCAGAAAACAGAAAACAAUGUAUAUUUGAAAAAUAUUCAUUGCUUUUCGCUUAAAUUCAAUGUUCAAACUGUCAAGAGGAAGGCGAGUGGCUCCUUUAAUAUUGAAUUUAAGCAAAAAACAAUAUUUAUUUGUCAAAUAAACAUUAUUUCCUGUUUUCUGAUAGCAGUAAAAUGUAUUUUUGAGUUAAAUAAAUUACACAGAUUCUUCUUUUUAUGCCAAUUAAUUUAAUUAAAAAAAAUUUUUUUGGGCGCCCUGUAUAAAUAAUUAUGUUAAUGUUUAUACUACUGAAUAGAGAAUUGAAUUACCUUUCAAAUGAGCUAUUACACAACCCCUAUUCUCAUUUAAAAAAAUCAUAGAUGACGUCAUCACGCCCAGAUGGGUGACGUCAUUAGUAUAAUAUAUAUGCCAAAAUGUCGCAAUUUAAAAAUAAAAAUUUACCUGUUUCGGGAUUUUUUUCCAAAAUCGUCCAUUCUCGAGAAAAUGAAUUUAUUCCAACCUUUACGUGCUCACUGUAUGUACAUAAGAAACUAACAUACUACUAUCUAAAUAAAUACACUGUUUUGGAUGUAAAUAUUUUUUGUAUAUAUUUUUUUUAUUAUAUUUUUAGUUUGUUUUUUUUUUCUUUUUUUUUUAAUUGUUUUUUACUACGCUAAGACAUAAACCCGAUUCAACUUCUCGGAGGUUUACAUCUUCUUAGUUUUUUUCUCUUUUUUUUUUCUUGUUCUUUUUUUUCAAUUAUAAUAUACAAUAAUUACUUAAAUAUACAGGGUUAAAAAAAUAACAACAAGACGAACCUGUUUGUUUUGUUUUAACAAACAUGCCUGCUUUGUUUUAACAAAAUUACUUAAAUACAGGGUUAAUUAUUUAGCUGCCUGUCAAAAUUUGCCACGAAUGGCUUAUUUUUCAAUAUUGUGGAUUGAAUUUUUUUUAAAUAUUCUUUGAAUUGUACGUAAUAUGUUUAUUUAAUUUAAAAAUAAAAUAAUUCUACCAUAGGUUCGAAAAAAUUCACAAAUUUACUUGAUAUGUUGAUUUCAAACCAUACCCCCCUUAAGGGAACUUAAUGCAUAUAUGUAUAUUAUUUACUUAUGUGUUUUAUGCAGUUUGGGUUUAUCUUUUAUAUGUCUUUUGGUUGGUGUUUCAUUGGACGUUCCCCCUACCCCACAAAUGUCUAGAUCCGCCUCUGUAUGCUAUAAAUAUCACAGAUAGUAGUUUGCUCUUAAGCCGCCAAUGAUAUCAGUGUGCUUAUUGAUGUUAACACUUAGGCCGCUAUUAUAUUAGGCAACUGGUGACGCCACCAAGUUGCUCCACCAGUGACUCAUGACGUCACGGGGCAUUUAAGUAAAUGAGACCUAUUAGACUACGGCAACUGGUUGCGCCACCAGAAAUUGUUGUCGAUCUGGUGGCCGAACCAGUCCACCAGCCGGGUAACCGGGUCUGGUGACGCCACCAAGCCGGGGCAUUAUGUUAUAUGGACCCUAUUAGACUGAGCAACUGGUGUCGGCCACCACUAGUUCAUUUGUAUUGUAAUUGAGUGCUUCGUAUUUCUUUUCUAUUAACUUCUAUAUUUUCUAUUAACAAGCGUAUAUUUUUCUAAAACCUUUUUUGUUGAUUUAUAAAUAUGUUAUAUUAAAAAGUUCUUCUCGCAGAUUUAGCCGUUAAUUGUUUAUUCAUUGUUUAAACAAUAAAAGCUCUUUUUAUAUUUUAGAAAUAUCGGUGAAUUCAUCACUUUACCUUGAUCAAAAAUGUUUCUAUUUUGUUUUUGAUUAUGCUGAAUCCAAAUGUGACGUUAAUUGGAAAAUUUAAAAAAAAUUGAGCUUUUAUAUAAAGGUACAGUAUGUCUGCGUAACUUGGAGCCAUAUGGGAAACUUUUUUCUUAUCAAUUUUACUAAAAAAAAAUAUUCUUUAUAAAAUGCUCUGCAUAGUCUAUGUUAUACGAGGUAUGUCAAAAAAAUUGUAUGUAAAGUACCUUUAGAUUUCACAACAUCGAAAAUUGUUAUUAUGAAAAGUUGUUAAGAAUUAAAAAAACUAUGUUUUGGGUCGCAUUAAUUUUAUUACAUCAUUCUAAUUGAAAAAGAAAAUGCAAUUUUUUUUAAAUUACGGAUACCCAACAUCAUUUUAUUACAAAUAUCUAUAAGUAUUUUAUUAUUAAUUUUACGAAAAAAGUUAUUUUUUACAAAAAGCUUUAUAUGGUCUAAAAUCUAAGAUGCAAUGAUAAUAUAUAAACUUUUAUCAAUUCUAUAUGAGGUAUGUUAAAAAAUAUGAAUUUCGUCCAAGAGUAAAGUACCUUUACGGUUCACAAUAUUUCAAUUAGAAGAAUGUAAUUGCAUAUUCAAACAUAGCUUUUAAUUCCGAACAACUUUUUAUAAAACAUUUUUCGAUAUUGUUUAAUAUAAGGAUACUUUACUCUUGAGCGAAAUUCAUCUUUUUUGACAUACCUCGUAUAAAAUUCACAAAAUUUGAAUCUGAUGGUUGCAUCUUAUAUUUUAUACUAUUAAGAGCAUUUUAUGAAGAAUAACUUUUUUUCGUAAAAUUGAUAACAAACAAGUUUCCAAUUGCAUUUGAUUAUUUUUCCAAUUCCAAUUCAGUUUAUUAUUUUUGCUGGUGGCUAUUCUCGGCCACCAGUUGCCCGUGCUCACAAUUUGGUGGGCCCACUAGUUGCGCCACUAGUUGCGCCAUCAGUUACCUAGACUAAUAGAGCCCUUAGUAUGGUCCUUUUCAUGAGCAUUUUUCAGUGCGUCACAAAUGAUACAAAAAAGGUAAGUCCGUGAUUAUACACAUUUAUAACAUUUAUUCUAGGCGAAUGGAUUUAGUGUCCGCAGUCAUAUAAACCCAAACAAACAACAAACAUUUAUUCUAACAUGACAUUUUAGUUAAAUCUGACAGUUGUCACAUUUUAUUUGCAAUUUGGCAUAAAAACAAAUCAAUUGUGUUUAUUACAUUUAUAAAAUGGUAUUUUCUUUGAUUUGUAUAGUCUUAUAAAUUGUACCUACAGAUUAUAUUCAUAGAUAUAUUAUAUAAUUCGUAAAUAACUUUUUUCGAUUAUAGCGCCAUCUAUCGACAACUAGAAUAAAUGUUAUAAAUGUCUGUAAUCACCGACGUGCCUUUUUUUCUGUCACAUACAAUUUAAUGCGUUAGAAAGAAAUCGAAAAACUGUGACGCACUGAAAGAUGCUCAUGAGAAAAAGAAUACCACUCAUAUUUUAACGACAGCUACAUAUACAUUAGUUUUUCUUUGAUCCCCUAAGGAAUCUAAGGAGUAUUUUUUUUCUAUCCGUCCAGAUUUAUAGUGCAUUCCAUUUUGUUAUUUUAUAUAUUUUUUAGAUUAAGAUUAUACACACGCGCGUGAUACAAGAACUUAUUUUGCCACAUAUUACAUUACAUUUUUUAUCUUAAUUAGUAUUUAUCGACAGUAUUUAUGAAAAUACAAACAUUUUGUGCCUUUCUAUUAUAUGAACGUGUGCCUUUAAAAUGUUAUAAUAUACUGUGUCUUUGCAGCUAAAACAUAUGACUAGCAGUCACUGACUGUACUCGUAUUAAACAUACUGUAAAAUGUUGUGAAUUGACUAUUUAUAUUUUUUAAUCUUAUAAGAUUUACAAUGUUUUUAUUUACUUGUACUAUUUGAAAUAAAAGUCUGACUUUAAAAAUA